UUAUGAAUCAAUGGUGGUCUGAUGUUAAUUAUAAUGAAUUACUUGAAAGUUUUAGCAAGGAAAUAAUCAAACUUCAAGUAUUCCAAUUUUUAUGUAGUGUAAUAUCUCAAAAAGGUGAACAUUAUUCAAAAACUUCAUUAAAGAAUGCUUUAUCAGUAAUCAGCCAUCAUUUUCAAGAUAUAAAACCUGGUAGUAAACAUGCUAACUUGUGUUUACAGCAAAUUGUGAAUACACCAAAUAAUAUUAUUUAUAGAAAAACUCAACAAAAAAUGACCAAG